AUGUGUAGGUGGCGAGCGGCGUGGCGGCGUCCGAACACACUGAACGAUAAGCCGACCGCGAAACACCGCCUGUGCCAUAGCCUAGGCCUGACAUCCCCCAGUGGCUUGGCAUAUGCCAGCCUAACGCAACGUCGCGCCGCGCGCCGCAUCGGCGACGGUGAACCAAUCCGUCCGGCCACCGCGCGGACCGAUCCGUCGACCGCGGCAUCUCAAUCUCACAUGGAUCCCACUCUCCCCUCCCAAACUCCCCCCCCCCCACUCACGCCCCCCCAAAAGACACCCUAUUGUAAAUAA